CUUGCAGCCCAGAAUCACAUCCCAGGACCUCCUCCCAGCUGCAACGUCGUGUCCUGGGGUGGGACCAAAGGCACAGAAAGGACGGCAGUGCAGCACAGCACAGUGACGUUACGCCACACCGAGGGAGCUGCUGCUCACUGAGUCCCAUCACCUCCCGGAUCCAUCAUGGGGUCCCCAAUGAAGAACUUGCUGACAGACCUCAGCUGCUACGUCCGCUGCUUCUGUGUCUUCCUGGCCAAGUCUACUGAGCACCAGACCAUGAAGCAGUUUGUGGAGCAGCAGCUGCCAGGCCUGCUGGCAAGUAUUGGAAGCGGGAAGUCUACAAUCAAUAUUCUAAGUGUCGGUGGUGGAGCAGGUGAGAUUGACCUGCAGAUCAUCUCAGCUGUGCAAGCCAGUUAUCCGGGUGUCACCAUCAACAAUGAGGUGAUAGAGCCAAGUGCUGAUCAAAUCCUCAAGUACAAAGAACGUGUGGCUGCCACCUCAAACCUCGACAAUGUAAAGUUUACCUGGCAUGAGGAGACAGCUAAUGAAUAUGAAAGGAGAAUGAAGGCAGAAAAGAAGUCUCAAAAAUGGGACUUCAUUCACAUGAUUCAGAUGCUGUACUAUGUGAAAGACAUCCCUGCAAUUAUCCGGUACUUCCACAGCCUCCUGGAUGCACAGGCAAAGCUCCUCAUCAUUCUGGUGUCAGAAACCAGUGGCUGGGAAACACUCUGGACGAAGUAUGGUUCUUCCUUUCCUACAGAUGACCUCUGCACUUUCAUAUCCUCUGCUAAUAUCAAAGGGAUUCUGGAUUCAGUUGGGCUGAAGUACAAGAUCUAUGAGCUUCCAUCCCACAUGGACAUAACUUGCUGCUUCACUGAAGGGGACAAUGAUGGGGAGCUGUUGCUGGAUUUCUUGACAGAAACCUGUGAGUUUUCAAAAAAUGCUCCUCCUGAACUAAGGCAGCAGGUACUGGAAGAAUUAAGAAAGCCGGGAUGCAGUGAAAACAGAAAUGGGAAGGUGUUUUUUAAUAACAACAUGAGUGUGAUAAUGGUUGAGCCCUGAAUUGAGAAAAACGAAUGAUGAGAUAUAAAAUAUUAAGAGUUGAAGUAGGGGGAAAAAAAAAAAAUUCUUUACAAAUGGUUCAAUUUACAUCGUUUAUUUUUUGGAGUCUGUUAAGAAAUCAUUACUAACAUCUGCUGUUGUAAGUGAUCUUUAAAAGCGAGAUUAAUUCUGUAGUAAUCUAUGAAGGUGUAACUCAGCAGUAAAUUGUGUUUUAUCAUGUGGAUAUGGUAUAAUCAGAUAUAACUUGGAUCAUCAGCUCAAACACUGAAGAAACCAGACCACUUCCUCUGGCUGAUGGUUAAGAAAUAAUCAAGAACUAUACAUGAUUAUGCCAUAUGCAUUUAAAAACUCUCAGCAAAGUACACAAAUUACAGCUUCUCAGUGCCACUUUCAAGAUUGGAGCCUUGAAACAACCAACUGCUUGGGUGGCUGCUGAAUAUCUUGAAUACCUUAAGCUUGUUGUGACUUCAAGAUCUCAUGUGUCCAGUUACCACAAAAGUGACCUAAACCUUCUGCAUGUGUGACAUUUGCCUGCUCCUGCCUCCACGUGCAGCUCUGUGUGAUAGCACUGCUUUCCCAUUGCUGUAUUUUCACUUUAUUCUUAUGACAUUGCAACAGCAGUGUCCUUUCCCUAUGGUUCAUAUAUAUGGCAGCUACACAUGCUGGGCUGUAAAAACACUUUGGGUACUGGGUCCAUACUGGUACUGAAAGAUGGAAGCAAAUAAAGGUGGUCAUGGCAGAGGAUUGUUGACAGCCAAACUGGAGGAGUGGAUUUCACUGGUGCUAAGCCUUGGUUAGGAAUCAGCUAUUGCUGUAAUGGAGGGGCUUUUUAUUUUUUGUUAAAAACAUAGGCUUUCUGGUUGUGGCCUAUGACUAGCUUGGAUGCAAAGGGCCGUGCUCAUGUUUUGAGCUUUAUAACUUGGAAGACAUAAAAAUAAACCCUGAAGCUGAAGUGACAAA